AUGGGUGCUGAGGAGGAGGUGCAGGUCACGUUAGCAGGGGGAGCACCCUGGGGCUUCCGACUUCAGGGGGGGGCCGAACAGAGGAAACCCUUACAGGUGUCUAAGAUCCGAAGACGGAGCCAGGCUGGCAGAGCAGGACUCCGAGAGAGGGACCAGCUCUUGGCGAUCAACGGGGUUUCUUGCACCAGUUUCUCCCAUGCCAGUGCCAUGACCCUCAUUGAUGCCUCAGGGCAUCAGCUUGUCCUUACUGUGAGGAGGGUAGCAGAUGAAGGGUCUGUGAGAUCUCCAUCUCCAGGGGAGCUUCAAGUGCUGUCACCCUUAUCUCCAUUGAGUCCUGAGCCCCCAGGUGCUCCUGUUCCCCAAGCUCUUCAGCCUGGGAGCCUUCGUUCACCCCCUGACAGUGAAGCGUACUAUGGAGAGACAGACAGUGAUGUUGAUGGCCCUGCUACACAAGAGAAGCCCCGCCGGACACGCCGCCGAGGUCCUGCAAGGCCCUUUCUGCCAGGAGCCCCACCUGAUGAGGUGUACCUGUCUGACAGCCCUGCAGAACCAACACCUGUUAAAACUGGCUCUCCCAGGCAGGGUGACAGCCGUGUGAGCUCCCCAUCUUGGGAGGAAGGGACAGCCCUCCAGCCACCACCAGCAGAGGCACUUCUGUUACCACAUGGUCCUCUCCGGCCUGGUCCUCAUCUUAUCCCUAUGGUGGGCCCUGUCCCCCACCCAGUGGCAGAAGACCUUACUACUACCUAUACCCAGAAGGCCAAGCAAGCCAAACUGCAACGUGCAGAAAGCCUCCAAGAAAAGAGCGUGAAGGAGGCCAAGACCAAGUGCCGGACCAUCGCAUCCCUGCUAACAGCAGCCCCCAAUCCUCACUCCAAGGGCGUGCUUAUGUUUAAGAAACGGCGGCAAAGAGCCAAGAAGUACACGCUAGUGAGUUUCGGGGCUGCAGCGGGGACAAGAACAGAGGAGGAGGACGGCAUUCCCCCAACGAGUGAGUCAGAGCUGGACGAAGAGGCCUUCUCGGACGCUCGCAGCCUUACCAAUCAGUCUGACUGGGACAGCCCUUAUCUGGACAUGGAGUUGGCCAGGGCUGGCACAGGCACAGCAGAGAGUCAGAGUUCUGGGCUGGGCGGGCAGCUAAGUGAGGUCUCUGGGAGAGGGGUCCAGCUCUUUGAACAGCAGCGCCAGCGGGCAGUCUCCAGCAGCCAGGAGGGCCCAGCAGCCAUGCUAAAUGGGCAGAGUCUGCAGUCACCACCUCGAGCUCAGAGUGCUCCCCCAGAAGCAGCUGUGCUCCCACGUAGUCCUUUGCCGGCCCCCGAGGCCAGCCCUAGUCCCUUCCCGGAUGGUGGAGCCCCUAGCCCAGCGCCAAAUAUCUUUAACAGGUCAGCGAGACCUUUCACCCCUGGUUUACAAGGGCAAAGGUCAGGUACCACCGCAGUGAUUUUCCGGCCCUUAGCCCCUAAGAAGGUGAAUGAAGGCCUGGGAGGCAUCAGCUCCGCUCCGUCCCCCUUCGCAGCCCUUCGGCAGGAGCCCACCUCUCUGCCCAGCUUCACCACAGUUGUGCCCAGCCACACGCCCGUCUCCGGGACUUCCAGCACCCCACGUUCCUCCGGUCCUGUGACCGCUACCAGCUCUCUCUACAUCCCAGCUCCGAGCCGGCCCGUCACACCAGGAGGCGCCCCAGAGCCUCCCACUCCUCCUAGCGCGGCUGCCAUGACAUCCACCGCUUCCAUCUUCCUGUCCGCGCCUCUCAGAAGCUCUGCGCGCCCGGAGGGGCCGGACCCCGCGGACCCGGAGUCUGCUAGCGCUCGGGAACAGCGCAUCUCCGUGCCUGCUGCCCGCACCGGCAUCCUGCAGGAGGCUCGGCGCCGGGGCACCCGGAAGCAGAUGUUCCGGCCUGGAAAGGAAGAGACGAAGAACUCGCCCAACCCGGAGCUGCUUUCGCUAGUACAGAAUCUGGAUGAAAAACCUCGGGCCGGCGGUGCGGAAUCUGGUCCGGAGGAGGACGCUUUAAGCCUCGGAGCCGAAGCCUGUAACUUCAUGCAGCCACUAGGGGGCAAAAGUUACAAGACCUUAUCUCAAGUGGCACCGAAAGCCCCGCCUCCACUGGCUUCCAAAACCCCACCCCCUACAACGCCUAAGACUCCACCUCCUGUAGCUCCUAAGCCAGCUUCUCGAGGGCCUCUUGAUGGGCUAGUGAAUGGGUCGGCCCCAAAGGCUGGAAUGCCUGAGCUCCAAAGGCUCCAGGGGAGGGGUGGGGAGCUAUUUGCCAAGCGGCAGGGUCGUGCCGACAGGUUCAUAGUGGAGGCCACUCCCGGUUCUAGCUUCAACCCUGGCCUUAGCCCUAGAAGUCCUUCUCCCACACCCUCACUGCCCCCAUCGUGGAAAUACUCACCCAACAUCCGUGCCCCGCCUCCUAUUGCCUACAACCCACUCCUCUCACCCUUUUUUCCCCAAGCUGCCCGAACUCUCCCCUCUAAGGCCCAAUCCCAGGGACCUCGGGCGACCCCCAAGCAGGGUAUCAAGGCCUUGGAUUUCAUGCGGCAUCAGCCAUACCAACUUAAAACUGCCAUGUUUUGUUUUGACGAGGUUUCUUCAUCUCCUGACCCCAUUUCAGGGCCUCUCAAAACUGCUCGAGUCCAGGAGAUCCGCAGAUUUUCCACUCCGGCACCCCAGCCCACUGCAGAACCCCUAGCUCCCACUGUGCUUGCCCCCAGAGCGGCUACUACACUGGACGAACCUAUUUGGAGAGCAGAGCUGACCUCACCCCCUGUCCCUAACCCAGACUAUCCUCAAGAGUCUCCCAGGAGCUUUGCUGCCACUCCCAGCUCCUGUGGUUUCCAAGUAGCCAGGCCUAGGUUCUCAGCCACCAGAACAGGGUUACAGGCUCAUGUCUGGAGGCCUGGGGCAGGGCACCAGUGAGCAGGGAAUAGGUCCCAGGACCAAGUAAAGGAACGUAGAAUCCCAGAAGUUUCUUCUGCUUUGUCCUACUGGCUUCCCCCCAACCCCACAUCUGAGGCUGAUUGCCUCUUGCCAGAGAUAGUGUUUCCCCUCAACUUCCUCAACUCCCUGCUACUGCUUUUGAACCAAUUAUCUGUGCUUUGGAAUCUUCUCUGUAUUUCCUUGCCUGGAUCUCUGGCUUCUCCACCCAGAGAUCUCAGUAGGUAUCUGUUUUGUUUUUCAUUUGUGUUUCUCUUUGUGGGCAGCACCUUAGUGUUAGGUAAAAAGCGCACGGUAAAGUGACCACUGAGAUCUCAAGCAAAAGGCUCACUAUGAGUCAAGCAACUAAGGGACUGAACUAUGUCCUGAGCCCCUGCUUAUUCUGUUAGCUGGUAUAGGUCUAGGUGGGUGUGUGGGGGUGUGUGCGCGAAUGCGUUUUCACAAAUGUGUGUGGUUAGGAUCUGCUCUGGAAAGGCAUCAAAUAUGUAUACAUGUGUACUUCUCUUGAGGCAAAGGUAAGAGGGGAGUUCUUUUCCUCCUACUGGAAGGGUCAGAUAGCUCCUCCAUAAGGAGUCCUGCGGGGCACAAGAGCUUAACUGCACUUUCUCCUGAGAGGAGUGUCUGUAGCAUGUAGAGAUGUAUGCACAGCAUCUUGUAAAAUAAAGUCUGACAAGACUCACAGGCAGCGACACUUUUCAUGGGUAUUAGUUAUACAAGUUAGACUUGGAAUAAAACCAAGGAUUCUAUUUCCUUGGAUUUCAGGAAGUUACUAAUCAGGGUCCUGUGCUAAGCAAGUAAGGAAAUUUCUCCUGAACUGCUUACUGAGUCUAAGACAGAAAGGAUGGUGAAUAGAACCAGAAUGGAUGGAGAGAGUGAGGCAAAAACCUAGAGCAAUGAGUGAAAGUGACCAAGAGGGAGAGGGUAAAGUUGGCCAACAAGAAACCAACUAUGUGUGAGGGGGUAUAGAGGAAAAGUCUGAGCUCAGGGGAAGAAUGCAUGUGAGGAUGUGUGCCCAAUGUUAAAGAGUUGUGGCUGUGUUAUGUCCUGUGAGUCUGACCUUCCCCUCUUCUGCAGCUCAUUCUGAUGACCUAGCAAACACAGGCCAAACCUCCUUUUCAUCCCACCCUACCUGUAGAAGCCUAGCUUUGGUUCCUUUCACUUCAGGCCCUGAUUUCCAAUCCCAGGAGGAUAAGGACUGCCCUUACAUGAAGACCACCACCAGCAAUGCUUGCUGUUUGAUCUGAAAAUUGAACUUUGCAAUAUUGGGUGUCACAAUUCUUUGGUUUGUGCACAAGAAUAAACAUAUGCCCACACCUUCUGUUGCUGUCAUCAAUUCUAGUUUUAGAUCAAUCCUGAUUUCUUUGGUCUUCUCGACUCCAUUUUGCUGACUGUUCCUUGCUCCUUGUCUUUCUCCCUGCCUUCUCAUCCUGCCCUCCUGCCAAUUAUUUUGCUUUGAUCUCAUCACCUUCACCACU